AAGUUCCGGGGGGUGUCACAAACAUUGCUUCCUUCCUCCUUCAUCAUCCCAAAUCGAUCUCUCUCUCUCUCCUCGAAACUCUCAGAAAACCCUAAAAAUCAGAAGUUGAGAUCGAUGGCCUCCUUCGCUCGCCGAGCCAUGAGCUUAGCUCAGAUCCAAUCUUCCCGUGUUCACGCUUCUAUUGGUCAGCGUCGUGGUCUCGCCGGCGCCGCUGAUCACCAUGGAUCUACCAAGGUUGACUUCUGGAAACAGCCCACGAACCCAGGAAACUGGAAAGAGGAGCAUUUUGUGCUUAUCUCUCUUUCUGGCUGGGGCUUGCUCUUCUACAGUGGAUACAAGCUCGCCACCGGGGGUAACAAAGAGAAGCCUGUCGAGAGUACACAAUGAGUUUCGCUGUCACCAGGAAGAUCUUUUAUGUCUCAUUCUCAUGCACUUUUUUUCCCCUUUCAGCAUCUUGUGAGACUGGUCUUGUGUUUCAUUUCAAAAUAAUAUGCAUCUCAUGAUGUCUGCAAUGAAUGAUGAUUCUUUAUUGUUUUGUGUUUCAUAAUAUCCUUAUGUUUGAAACAGUCAGGAUUUAAGCGAAAGCAUUGUCUCUCUUUAUGUACCUUGAUAUAUGCUUUACAUUCUAUUUGAUUGUCCUCCGGAUGCCAAUUUUUUGUUGGAGGUGAUUCUGCCCAUUUGAAAGUA